AUGGGGAAAUCUUCACGUGAUAAGCGCGACAUUUACUAUAGAUUAGCUAAAGAAGAAGGUUGGAGAGCACGUAGUGCCUAUAAGCUCCUACAAAUUGAUGAUGAGUAUGGAAUUUUAUCCUCUCCUGAAAAUACUUCUUUAGAACGAGUGGUUGACUUAUGUGCUGCACCUGGUAGCUGGUCACAAGUAUUAUCAAAGCGUUUAUGGGAGUCGAAAACUCCGGAGGAACAAAAAUCUGUGAAAAUUGUUGCCGUGGAUCUACAAGCUAUGGCUCCAAUACCGGGAGUCAUUCAAAUUCAAGGUGAUAUUACUAGUCAGAAUACUGCUCAACGGAUCAUCAAACAUUUUGAUGGUAAAUUAGCCCAACUUGUUGUUUGUGAUGGUGCUCCAGAUGUAACAGGUCUGCAUGAUUUGGAUGAAUAUGUUCAGUCACAUCUUAUCUUAGCUGCUCUGACUAUCUGUUCAAGAGUUCUUGAACUAGGUGGUACAUUUGUAGCUAAGGUUUUUCGUGGACGAGAUUCUGGUUUACUAGGUUCUCAACUUCAAUGUUUAUUUUCGGGUCAAGUUAGUUUUGCAAAACCAAGAGCUAGUCGAAACUCGAGUUUAGAGUCGUUUGUUGUGUGUCGUGGAUUUAUGGGUCCUCGUUUACGGACAGAUUUGAAACCAUCCACACCUGGAAACAAUUCAGACGAUGAUAAUUUAUUAUUACUAUGGUACGACAAGGAUAACUUUGAAGAGAUAAUCUCACAAUCCCCCUCAGCACACACGAUACCUUCCGGCUAAACGCAAGCUUACCAAUGGCAAAAGUCACGAUUGUGUGUAUGCGUAUGCUACUGCACCUGUGUCUUUCUACUUGUAACUCUAUAAUGCUUAUAAAGACUGAGUUAGUUUGUUCAAUCUCACAGCUUCCCAUAUCCCAUAUCUUUUUUAUGAGCUGGUGCAAACUGACUGAUUUUUUUACGCU